AUGAAUGAAGAACAAUGGGAUGAAGAGGAUGAAGCUGCAAUGUUGGCUGCUUUCCGCAAGGUUACCGCAUUUGCAAGUCAUAUUGAUCUCAAAAAAUGGGAUCUUUGGGAUGUCGUCCUACUUGUUUUGAACAACCACGACGACAAAGCACCACGGGAUGUUAUCGACAAAUCUAUUUGGUUCUUAUUCAUACAGUUGAAUUGGGAUCUUCUUCGACUUGUGCGAGAUCAAGAACCAAAUAAAACGGAAGCCGUGAAGAAGCUUAAAAAACGCCGUGAUCAAUUCCUUCAUGAUGUUAACAUCAUUCUUAGCGAGGGUGCAUCGGGUGUAGAGCUGGCGUUCCAAUGCCUCAACGAUCUGCUUAUAAUGUUCAAUGAAGAGUUAAAAUCUCAUGGAGCUCACCUUGAACCACUGAUUGUUCGCCUGGAUAAUGUUAGUUCACUUUAUCGUGUUUCCUUUUAUUUUUUCUAUAUUUACAUGCUAUAG